AUGUAUCCACGUUAUUUAUUUGAUACUUCAUUCACAGUCAGCUUUCGACAAGAAUUUACAAAUUGGUGGAAAACAUAUUAUGCAUUUUCCGGAUCACCACUUGAACAAAUUAAAGUACGACUCAUUCCUAUUACUGGUCGUACACUUGAAACUUUCUUCAUACAUAAAAAACCUCCACGAGCAAUGUUAACCAAAAUGAAACCAAGAUCUUGA